GAGCCCCAUCUGACCCAACAGAUACCCAUACAAAACCACCCAAAGGUGUUUGAGCUUAGACCACCACGCCACACUUCUCACUCGCCUUCCUCUGCGUUUCUCCAUUUUCAGCACUUGUUUGAAGGUUAUUAAUCACUUUCACAGUUACAAAUGGGCUGGAAAGCAGCGGAAAAGCUAAUUAGGCACUGGAAAAUAGUCAGAGGUGAUAAUAUAAUGAUAACUAGGGGAAAGGAUAAAGGCGAGACUGGGAUUAUUAAGCGUGUCAUUCGUUCACAAAAUCGUGUUAUUGUAGAGGGAAAAAAUCUGGUAAAAAAGCACAUCAAGGCUGGUGAAGGUCACGAAGGUGGUAUCUUUUCAGUUGAAGCCCCACUCCACGCCUCAAAUGUUCAAAUUCUUGAUCCAGUCACCGGGAAGCCUUGCAAGGUCGGAAGUAAAUAUCUAGAAGACGGCACCAAAGUAAGAGUUUCUAGAGGUAUAGGGGCAUCUGGAUCGAUAAUUCCUCGUCCUGAGAUUUUAAAGAUGCGGACAACUCCAAGACCUUCUGUAGCCGGUCCUAAGGACACUCCAAUGGAUCUUGUUAUGGAGAGCACUUAUGAUGCCAAAUCUGGGAAGGGAAUGCCUGAGCUUUGAAGAAUACUAGAUCUAUUAUUUGAUUAACAUUAAAACAUACUAGUCGAAGGAGUCGCCUGAGCAUGUGAGUCAUAUCUUUAUGCUGGACACUAAAAGUAAUCAUUUUGAAAGCAUUACCAUCUUCUACUGUGCAUUUUCACAAAUGAAUCGAUGGUUGCAUGGUUCUCUCAUUAAUGUUCUCCUUUCGCCUUGACAAGCUGCAAUUGCACAUCCGUUGUCUGGCGAAGUUCCGGUAAAUUACAGAUUAUGUAGGCUUUGAAAAUUUCAAUCUUGUGAAGAGAGAUCCUUCUCAAGGGUUUCCAAAUAUGAUUUUGGAAUAUGCAAAUUAAUUUUAGACUUGCAAGAUUUAUUUUCUUAUUAUAACUAAAAUACCCAGUUAUUUCACACAAGAUCCACUGAAUUUUAGACUUGCUGGGGUUUUGAACUUAA